AUGGGUGAGGGAGAUGCCGUGCCCGAGAAACCCGAGUCUGUUUCGAACGGAAACGUUGAAAAAGGUGGGACAGACAAAGUGACUGAAGCACUGGUAGAUAAAAGUGGGGAGCAGCAGGUUGGAGUGAUUGAAACGGAGAAAGAGAAUAAAGGAGAUGACACGAAAGUAGAGUCUCAGGAUAUGGACAUGGACAAAAAAGAAGUCUGCAAGAGCAAGGAAAGGAACGAAAAUGCGGAAGAUGAAAAUACUGCAAAAGAAGAAGUAAAUGAAGAAGGAGAAAAGAAAGUUACUCCAGAAGUAGAAACGAAGGAAACCAAGAGUGAGGAAAUGGAGGAAGAUCCAAAGGAGAAAACUGAGGACACAACUGCAGAGGUAGAAAAGACAGAAAAGGAAAUCGAGGGAGAUGUAGAGUAUAAAGCAGAGAGUGCAACUGCAGAAGGAAACGAGAAAGAAAAGGAAAUAGAGGGAGAUGCAGAGUAUAAAGCAGAGAGUGCAACUGCAGAAGGAAAAGUGAAGGAUAAAGAAAUAGAAGGAGAUGCUGAGGAUAAAACUGAAAAUACAACUGGAGAAAUAGAGAAAAAGGAAAAUAUUACUGAUCAAGUUAUAGAGGAUAGAACUGAGAGUGUAACUGCUGAAGCAGAAAAGAUGGAAAAUAAAGUGGAAGAAGUAACAGAGGGUAAACCUGAGAGUCCAACCGCAGAAGUAGAAAAGGAGGAACAGGGGCUGGAGAAAGACACAGAUGAGAAAACUGAGAAUGUGUCUGAAGAAACAGAAAAGAAGGAUAAAGAGAGUGAGGAAAUGGAGGAAGACACGGAGGGGAAAACUGAGAUAGAAUCUGAAGAAGCAGAAAAGAAGGAAAAAACUAGUGAGAACAUGGAGGAAGACACGGAGGGGAAAAUUGAGAUAGAAUCUGAAGAAGCAGAAAAGAAGGAAAAAACUAGCGAGGAAAUGGAGGAAGACACAGAGGAGAAAACUGAGGAUGCAUCCGAAUUACCUGAAAAGAAGGAAAAAACUAGUGAGGAAAUGGAGGAAGACACAGAGGAGAAAACUGAGAAUGCAUCCGAAUUAGCAGAAAAGAAGGAAAAAACUAUUGAGGAAAUGGAGGAAGACAAGGAGGAGAAAACCGAUAAUGCAUCUGAAGAAGCAGAAAAGAAGGGGAAAAAGAGUGAGGAUAAGGUUCAAGAGGAGAUUGAUGAAGUGAAACAGAAUGAAGAAAAUCCAAAGGAAGCCAUUAAAGAGAAAGGCACAAGAAAACGUCCAAGAACAAAGAGCGGAGGCGGAAAGAAAAUCAUGAAGAAGGACCCUGAAGAUAAGGGGGAAGGGCAGAAAUCACCAAAAGAUAAAAAGACUAAAGAACCUAAAUCUUCAGUAGAUAAAGAGAAGGAAGAGCCAACAACUCCUGCGGCUUCCAGAAUUGAUCGCCCUGUACGUGAAAGGAAAUCUGUUGAAAGGUUGGUUGCCAUUAUUGAGCAGGACUCUUCUAAGGAGUUUCAUGUUGGAAAGGGUCGUGGAACUGCACUGAAAGAUAUCCCAAAUGUGGCAUACAAGCUGUCAAGAAAGAAGAGUGAUGAUACUCUCAAACUGUUGCAUACUAUUCUCUUUGGAAGGAGAGGAAAGGCUGCUGAAAUUAAGAACAACAUAUCAAAAUUCUCUGGAUUUGUUUGGCGUGACAACGAGGAAAAGCACAUGAUGAAAGUCAAAGAGAAACUUGACAAGUGUAUCAAGGAGAAGCUACAGGAGUUCUGUGAUCUCUUUGAUAUACCAAUUUCCAAGGCUAAUUCAAGGAAGGAAGAUAUUAUUGCUAAGUUGGUAGAAUUUUUGGUGGAGCCUCAUGCCACUACUUCUGAAUUACUUGCUGAGAAGGAGCAGAUAACUGGGGGUGGUUCUACAAAAACUGGGGGCCCAAAAAGCACGCCUCCUGACUCUGAAGAUGAAUCAGGAGAAGAGAAGCAGGAAGCCCACGAGGAGGACGAUGGAAAUAGUAUUGGUGAAAGAUCAGAUGAUGAAAUGUCUGAACAAGCUGAAGCUGGGGGAAGUGAAUCUGAAGGCAGAUCUGAUGAGGACAGGGGAAAGAAGCUACUUUCAGAAAAGUCAUCUGGAAAGAAGGAAUCUGAUGGCAAAGCCCAAACCAAGAAAGAAACAAUCUCUAGAAAGGCCAGCCCUCCACCCAAAAGAACACCUGCAAAAUCACCACCAAGCCGAUCAGAAAAGAAGAAAGAUGCAAGUGCAAAAAAGUCUUCUGUUAAGAAGAAAGAUGAAUCGUCGUUUUGUGUUUAUUCAACUGCAGGGAAUAAAAUUCUUAAAGUGAAAGAUAAACUCAAGCAGCAGAAAUCAGAGCCAACCGAUGCUGAACUUACCAGUGCGAUUUGUGAGAUCCUUAAAGAGGUCGAUUUCAAUACGGUUACCAACCAAUUCAAAGCAGAUCUGACGUCGAGAAAACAAGCAAUAAAGCUCAUGAUUCAGAAAGAGCUAACGAAACUAGCCGAGGCUGAUGAGGACGAUGACGAGGAUGCAGAUGAAGGUGGUGAUGAUGCUGAAAAGAACAAAAAGAAGCCUUCGACCCAAGGUGCGAAGGCCUGA